AGAAGUUAGGAUGCAGUCUGUAGUCAAUCCAAUGUCUUUUCAAGUUUCUCAUAGAAUCAAAUAUGUUGUAUUCAUCUCUCUCGUGUUUGUAACAUGUUCUACAUCUUCCAAUGACACUUCUCAAAUAAAGUACGAUGUAUUUGUUAGCUUCAGAGGUGAAGAUGUCCGUAGAGGUUUCCUUAGCCAUUUGAUCGAGGCAUUUUCUCAGAAGCAAAUUGCUUUCUUCGUAGAUGAUAGCAUUCAAAAAGGGGAAGAACUAUCUGAAGCACUAUUUGGAGCAAUUGAAGAAUCAUAUAUUUCUUUGGUUAUAUUUUCAGACAACUAUGCUUCUUCAAGAUGGUGUUUGUCAGAACUUGAGAAAAUUUUGGAGUGCAGGAGAAAAAAUGGACAAACUGUAGUGCCUAUUUUCUACAAAGUUGACCCUUCAGACAUACGACAUCAAAGGAAUACUUAUGGAGAUGCCUUUGUCAAACAUGAAAGAAACUAUUCCUUGACUACUGUGCAAACCUGGCGAUCUGCUUUGAGUGAAUCUGCUAAUCUAUCAGGAUUUCAUUUAUCCCAAUUUCUAGAUGAAGCUGAACUUGUUAAAAAGAUUGUUAAAUCUGUCUGGAGGACGUUGAAUCAUGUUCACCAAGUUAACUCCAAAGGGCUUGUUGGAAUUGGUAAGCGAAUAGCACAAGUUGAAUCAUUGCUGCAAUUAGAAACAAAAGAUGUUCGCAUGAUUGGAAUUUGGGGCAUGGGAGGUAUUGGUAAGACAACUAUUGCGCAAGAAGUAUAUAAUAAACUGUGUUUUAAAUAUGACAGUUGUUGUUUUCUGGCUAACAUAAGGGAGGAGUCAUGGAGACAUGGAAUAAACUCUUUGAAGGAAAAGCUUUUUUCAACAUUAUUAAGAGAAGAACAUUUGAAAAUUGGCAGACCUUUUGGGUUCCAGAAGUUAGUUGAGAGAAGACUUCAUCGGAUGAAAGUUCUUAUUAUUCUUGAUGAUGUCGGUGACGCAGAGCAACUAGAAAAUUUAGCCAGAACAGAUUGGUUUGGAUCUGGUAGUAGAAUCAUUGUGACAACCAGAGAUAAACAGGUGCUUGCUGAGGAGUCUGCCAGUGUAUACCAUGUUGAAGCCUUAAACUUUGAUGAAUCUUUGCGACUUUUCAAUUUAAAUGCCUUUAAGCAAAAUCAUAUAGAGACAGAGUACGAGGAGCUGUCAAAGAAAGCAGUUGAUUACGCCAAAGGCAUUCCGUUUGUUCUUAAAGUUCUGGGUCACCGUCUUCAUGGGAAAGACAAAGAGACAUGGGAAAGUGAAUUAGAAAGACAACAAGUGCACAACAAAAAGGUUCAUGAUAUUAUUAAAUCGAGUUACUAUGAUCUUGAGGAGGAUGAAAAGAGGAUUUUUUUGGAUAUUGCAUGUUUUUUUUAUGGGCAGCAACUGCAGGUAAAGUACAUAGAUUUUUUAUUGAAAGAUCGUGAUUAUUCAGUGGCUGCGGGAUUGGAAAGGUUAAAGGAUAAAGCUUUUAUCAGUAUUUCUCAAGAAAAUACUGUAUCAAUGCAUGACAUCAUACAAGAAACUGCUUGGCAGAUUGCUGGCGAAGAAUCCAUUGAAAAUCCCAGAAGAAGCCAGAUUCGACUAUUUGUCCCAGAUGACAUUUAUGAUGUACUAACACACAACGAGGGUAACGAGGCUAUCAGAAGCAUAGUGGUCAACUUGUUGAGAAUCAAGCAACUACAUUUGAAGCCACAAGUAUUUACUAAGAUGAGCAAGCUCCACUUUCUAAAUAUUUACACUGCAGGAACUCGUGAUACUCGCUUCUACGAACGGUGGGGCUUGUAUCUUCAUCAAGGGCUCGAAUCCCUGCCGAAUGAGCUAAGAUAUCUUGGUUGGAUGCAUUAUCCUUUGGAAUCUUUGCCUUCAAACUUUUCUGCAGAAAAUCUAGUUGAGUUGCACUUGCCAUACAGCCGGGUGAAAAAACUAUGGCAUAAAGUGCCGGAUCUUGUGAAUUUAAAGGUCCUUAUGCUGUAUUCAUCCUCGAACAUAAAGGAGCUGCCAGACUUUUCAAAGGCCUCAAACCUUGAAGUAAUAGAUCUUCGAUCCUGUGUAGGGUUGACUAGUGUUCAUCCAUCAGUUUUCUCUCUCAAAAAGCUUGAGAAAUUAGAUUUGGAUGAAUGCAGAUCCCUUACAAGCCUUCGAAGCAAUGUCCAAAUGGAAUCCCUUCGUUACCUCUCCCUCUUUAAAUGCAUGGAACUAAAAGAUUUCUCGGUGACCUCAAAGAAUAUGAUAAUGUUGAAUUUAGAAAAGACAGAUAUCAAGCAACUUCCUUCAUCUUUUGGAUCUCAAAGCAAGCUUGAACACUUAAAUCUAAAGUUCUCUUCCAUUGAGAGCUUGCCUGCAGACAUGAAAGAUCUUAAAGGGUUGCAACAUCUCGAUCUACGAUACUGUAGGAAUCUUAGCUUCCUACCAGAGCUUCCUCCAUCUAUUGAAACACUAGAUUGCCGAGAAUGCGUGUCAUUGGGGAGCGUAGCAUUCCCUUCUAUUGCUGAACAAUGGAAAGAAAAUAAGAAAAAGGCUCUCUUUUGGAACUGCUUGAACUUGGAUGAACGUUCACUCAAGGCCAUUGAGACGAAUGCGCGAAUUAACAUGGUGAAAUUUGCACACCGGCAUUUGUCUACAUCUGGUGAUGCUCACGCUAUUUAUGUGUACCCAGGAAGCCAGGUUCCAGAAUGGUUGACGCAUAAGACCACACAUGAUGAUGAUUAUUAUGAUGAUGAUGAUGGUGGUGGUGGUGAUGAUUGCAUAACUUUUGCUCCAAAUCCCUCUCACCUGGGCUACAUUUUUUGCUUGAUUUUACCGGCAGUGCAGUAUUCGGAAAGGGUUUUGAAAUUGACGGUCAGUACUGAAGGUGAAGAUGAAGGUGACAGUAUGAUUGUGUACUUAGACAGACCACGUCAUACUAUUAAGUCGGAUCACGUGUAUCUGAUGUACAACGAAGCAUUAUCUCGCUUUCUAACCAGUCGUGCCAAACAGCAACCAAUGCUAAAAAUUAAGGUUACAGUAGCAACACUAACAUUCUCAUCAACAUACACGGAGGUGCAGUUAAGAGGGUUUGGGGUUAGCACAAUCAGCAAUCUUCUUCAGAAACGACAAUUGUAUGAUACUCCAAUUCCAAAGGAACAUUCUGAAGUCUGUCCAGAUGCUCUGUGGAAUAGCUGAGAGGGAAGAGAGAAUAUUACAGAGGAGGUAUAUAUAUAUAUAUAAUGUAUACAUAAAUAAUUUCGA